GUAAACAAAAUCGCGCAUCAAAAAGUAUGUUUUAUUUCACGGAUGGGCGUCCUGCGUACGGAUAAUGGUGUUUGUUAAUCGAUUGGUUUAGCAAUUCCUUUGGACUGAGCAUUAAAAUUAGUGCAAAGACCCGUUGUCGACGGUUCAACCAUGAAUAUCACUCCGGAAUCCUGCCGGCUAUGCCUGUCGGCUGAAGAACCGACAAGCCCAAUCUACGAGCAGCUGAGCCUCUCGGAAAUUACCGAGCUGCUGCAGGAUACACUGAACAUUCAGAUUUCCAGUUCGGAGGACUAUACCAACAUCUGUAACAACUGCGAGAUGAAGGUGAAGCUGGUAUUCAAUAUUUUUUCCGAGUUCCGGCAGACCAAUAAAAUGUUCUGUGCAUUUCUAGAGCAAAAACAUUCAUCAAUGGGUAUACCAACAUUGGGCGAAUCGAAAUGCGAUAUCACCAUAGUAUCAGUCAUGCCUCUGGAACCAAUUAUCGAGGAGAAACCCUCCGCGGCAUCAAUGGAAAUCUUGGUAAAUUCGCCGCCUUCCGCUGUUGAGAAAAAGCCAAGAGUAGUGCAAAAGGUUGAGGCAUAUUAUAGCAGCGAUGAUGACGACAACGACAAUCCUGAUGACGAAGAUUACGGGGAAUCUUUCCAGCAGCAGGAUUACUCGAGCGGGGACGAAGAUAUGAAACCAGUAACGUACAAAUCGGUGUCUUGCUAUAUUUGUUCGACCUUUAGCGGAACGGAAAAAUCCCUAAAUGCUCAUUUGAAGGAUCAACACAGUGAACUGUCUCCAUACUAUUGCGAAAAAUGCCUCGUUGGACUAGAUAAUCUGCAAGCUAUCAACCUACACUUUCAGGGACAUAUGGUACCCUUCGGGUGUUUAUUCUGCGAGGAGAUGUUCAAAGAUGAAGGUGAAUUGCUAACUCACCAGUCAGCAUGUACCGGAUAUCGUUGCAAUUCUUGCAAGCAGGUGUUCCAAUUUUGUCAAGCUCUUAAAGAUCAUAAAAACUGCAAAUCAGCCAGAGCAGUUCGUAUGCAAACUAUAACUUCAAUGGUAGGCUCCCGCCGUAAUCAGAGUCGUUUCAUACCCCAAGCCUGUGGAAUGUGUAACGAAGACAUGGGCAAGAACAGUAGAUUGGCAUGUCACUUCGAGAAAGAACACAAAGAUUAUCAGUUUAAUCUACACAAGUGCGAUCUCUGCUCCGAGAAGUUCACAAUACUAUUGGCCGCUCGAAUCCAUCGACUGUCGCAUAAACGCGAAGGCCCCCUUAAGCAACGUAAAAUUCCGAUCGUCGAACGGAACGAGUGCACUAUUUGUUCUCGGAUUUUCAGAUUCAACAAAGAGCUGUUGGCCCAUAUGGAAACGGACCAUGCUGAGGCAGCGGUAGAAUUCCACCAGUGUACCAAAUGCAGCAAAAAGUUUACUUCGGAAGCAAAACUGCUCAAACACGACUACAAUACUCACCAGGGCAAGCAGCCUCAGUUCUUCUGCUCCUACUGCGGUCGUGUUUUCAACAAGAAACUUGGUUUAAAAGACCACGAGAACCUACACAAAGGCAUCAAGACGUACCACUGCGCAGAUUGCAACAAGGACUUUACCUAUAAAAGCACUUAUGAUCGUCACAUGCAAGUGGUACAUAGUGACGCCAAAGAUUUCGUUUGUCAGUAUUGUCAUAAAAGUUUUAAACGAAAACCCACGCUGAAGGUGCAUCUGCGUUUGCACACCGGCGAGAAACCGUACGAGUGCGAGUAUUGCGGUCGUCGCUUUGUCGACCCCAGCUCGUUCCACAAACACAAGACGAAGGAACACGGUUGGAAAUCGCCGGCCACAUUUGGGGCCCCUUGAAUAACACUUGAACCCCUCGAAUAUCCAUAACAGGUAGCAGGUAAGUUUGAAAUUUUAUCAGCGUCAUCUACAUUUAUACUAUACGUUCUGAAACCUCCUAUAGGCAUUAGCAUUGUGUAAUAUAAGUGAUCGUAAUAGUGGUUGGUAUU